AAAAAGUUUAAAAAAAAAACCACCUAGAACAGUGCCUGGGCUAUAGAAAGCACAACAAUUAAUGUUACCUGUUAUUACCUACUAGGAUGUAAGCCACAUGAGGGCAUAAACUUCAUCUAUUUUACUCACUGCUGUAUCCCCUGGAACAGCCCUGGUACAUAAUAUGUGCUUAAUUAAUAUUUGUUGAAUGAAUAAGGGAACUGGCCUCUGAAGCAAGACAGUUAAGAACUAUGGUGAGGUAUUCAGGGUCAAUUGUCCUCACACGCAGAGACUGACAUUAUUCACUCUGGUUCCUGGUCAUUGGUUACCCUGGUGACCCCGGUCUGCAAAGCAUCCUGAGAUUAGUCCAAUUGUUCCCGUCACCUGGUUAACCAACCGAAAAUGCACCUAGCAACUCCCAAAUAAAAUGCAUUGUGAUUGACUAACCCAUGAUUGUCUGACGUCUGUCCUGGUUCUGCUCCUCACUGCCUUGCCUGGUAAAGGGAGCGCGGGACUGGAUUUUGCUGCCAUCUUCUCUCUGCUCCUCAGCUGGCCAAGACAGGUUCUGACUGGCCGAGUCCGAGCCUCAGGCCAAUGCUCACGUACAAGGACGAAGGCUUGCCUUUGUAAGGAGCUUCAGUAGGCAAAUUUCAGCUGGAAGUCAUGCUGCAAAGAGGUCUCGGAGGGCUGGUGAGUCACCGACAUGCAAAAUCUCUUCUCCGAGCCCUGGCUGGCCAGCCCCCGCUGCCCAGGUCAGCCUGGAUGCCAGCCCAGCCUAUCACUGUCUCAAGCAGCCACUUCCAGUCCAAUAUAAAGGAUUAUUCCAUCCCCAAUGCCAGCUGGAGCCCAGUCAUGGUGGGGCUGUAUAACGAACUCAUGGAGAAGACUGUGGAUGGGUCAUGGACGCGACUUCCAGGUUGUUGGCGCUCUCUGCAGUUACUGAAAGAGGCAGACCUUGCUAGGAUUGCUAAGGCUGUCCCCAUCCAAAUGAUUGAAGAUGCCCGCCUCUUUCUACGGAUCACAGAUACAGAGAGACUCGGCUUUGAGUAUGUCAUCUUCCACAGUGACUCGGAGAAGAAGUGUGUCUGCUUGUUCCAGCCUGGGCCCCUCCUGGAGGGGCUGCCUGGGAUCAUCCAUGGCGGUGCGCUGGGGACCAUGAUAGACACCACGUUUUUCGCGACGGCAUACUACAGUGCCAAUGCAGUCUUUACAGGGACCAUGACCAUCACCUUCAGGAGCCCAGUCAUCCUCGGCUCCGUGGUGAGGCUGGAGGCAACGGUAACUGGCACAGAAGGAAGAAAGGUAUUUCUCUCUUGUGAAGCCCAAAACAGUGACGGGACCAUCCUCUUUGCCGAAGCUUCUGCCAUCUUCUUCCAAAUGAAGUGACACAGACGCAAGGCACUGUAAGGCACAUCUCCUCCUGCCCUGGAGGGCAGGAAACCAAGCUUCCUUUGGAGCAGCUUCUCUUUCCCCUAUUCAUCUCCCUUCCCAUGUUUACUCCAGCUCUUUCCUUCUUGGAUGGUGGAAACGCCUCCAAAUGUCAAAGCUUGUUGUGAAUAAAGUUUUAAGAUGAAGGUCA